CCGACACUGCUGCGCGCUAUUUUCAACUAGAGGAAGCAUCUGUGCUUACAUCAUAUUAGAAGGCACAAGUGAUUAAUCUAAACGCAAAAAUCAUAUUUGGAACCGAACUGAGUACUAUCUGUCCAGCUACGAGAAGUAUUUUUUUGGCGAAUCCAAGACAAAAUGUGCCAAAUGAAAAACGUCUUACCGGGGGAUUUAAUAGUUUUAACCAAAUAAACGGGUAUAAACAUCACCGCACUGCAUCAGGACGCCUGAAGACACAGAGAUUUAGUUCAUCAAUCACACCACUGCCAUCUGUAAUCAAGUACAGUAUUUUAUUACCUCAUAAAAAAGGAAAGCAUUCAAUGAGUGUAAAGCGUGGACAUAGUGAACAAAAAAAUGAGGAGAAGCCUUGCUCCAAGUCAGAUUGCCAAAAGAAAACAGGGAGACUCUUCAGGGGAUGAAGACUGGCAUCCUGACUCUACACCUAAAAGGAAGAAAGUUACAUUAGAAGAAGGAAGAGAAAACUAUGUGUCUCCAUUUCGAAGGCCUCUUACACAGCUUACAAAUCGACCUGUUUGUAUUGACAGCAGCAAACAUGAAGCCUUUAUUCGGAGUAUUUUGUCAAAGCCAUUUAAAAUUCCAAUUCCAAACUACACUGGUUCGCUUAGUGCAAGGGCAUUAGGAUUAAAACGUGCUGGUAUAAGAAAAGCACUACAUGACCCAUUUGAAGAAGGUGCACUUAUUCUUUAUGAGCCUCCAGUUCUUACUGCCCAUGAAAUAAUCAAAGCAGACAAAGAUAAGCUGCCUGUACAUGUAGUUGUUGAUCCAGUAUUAUGCAAAGUCUUGAGGCCGCAUCAAAGAGAGGGUGUUAAGUUCCUGUGGGAGUGUGUAACUGGGAGGAGGAUCCCUCAAAGUUAUGGAUGUAUCAUGGCAGAUGAAAUGGGGCUUGGCAAAACUCUGCAGUGUAUUACCCUUAUGUGGACUCUUCUUCGGCAAAGUCCAGAUGCUAAACCUGAGUUUGAUAAAGCCAUUGUGGUGGCACCUUCAAGCUUAGUGAGAAACUGGUACAAUGAGGUGGAGAAGUGGUUAGGUGGAAGACUGCAUCCACUGGCUAUUGAUGGGGGUUCUAAAGAAGAUAUUGACAAGAAGUUGUCGGGAUUCAUGUCUCAGCAUGGGCUCAGAGUGCCUACUCCUAUCCUAAUCAUUUCUUAUGAGACUUUCCGGCUUCAUGCAGACAUCCUGCACAAGGGAAGUGUAGGACUUGUUAUCUGUGACGAGGGUCACAGACUGAAGAAUUCAGAGAACCAGACUUACCAGGCUUUGAAUACUAUGAAUGCACAGCGACGUGUUCUUAUAUCGGGCACUCCAAUUCAGAAUGAUUUGCUGGAAUACUUCAGUCUAGUACAUUUUGUAAAUGCUGGCAUCCUAGGAACAGCUGCAGAGUUUAAAAAAAGAUUUGAAAUUCCCAUCCUGAAAGGCCGUGAUGCAGAUGCCAGGGACAAAGAUAGACAAUAUGGAGAGGAGAAACUUCAGGAACUUAUAGCAAUUGUUAACAGGUGUUUAAUCAGAAGGACAUCGGAUAUCCUUUCAAAAUACCUCCCUGUUAAAAUUGAACAAGUGGUUUGCUGCAGACUGACUCCAUUACAGACUGAACUUUAUAAAUGCUUUUUGAGACAGGCCAAACCAGUUGAGGAGCUACAGCGAGGCAAUAUUAAUGUGUCAUCUUUGUCCUCAAUAACAUCCUUAAAAAAGCUGUGCAAUCAUCCAUCUCUGAUAUAUGACAAAUGUGUUGAAGGAGAAGAUGGCUUUAAAGGAGCAGUAGACUUAUUUCCUCCUGGCUAUAGCACUAAAUCAGUUGAACCACAGCUAUCGGGUAAAAUGCUUGUUCUGGACUAUAUCCUGGCAAUUACGAGAAGCACGACUAGUGAUAAGGUGGUGUUAGUGUCUAAUUACACUCAAACAUUGGACCUUUUUGAAAAAUUGUGUAGAACUCGAAGGUACUUGUAUGUUCGACUAGAUGGUACCAUGUCUAUAAAGAAGAGGGCAAAAAUUGUGGAGAAAUUUAAUAAUCCUUCUAGCCCUGAAUUUAUUUUCAUGUUGAGCAGCAAGGCUGGUGGGUGUGGGUUAAACCUGAUAGGUGCGAAUCGCCUGGUUAUGUUUGAUCCAGACUGGAAUCCAGCUAAUGAUGAACAGGCGAUGGCUCGUGUGUGGAGAGAUGGGCAAAAAAAGACAUGUUAUAUUUACAGAUUGCUUUCGACUGGGACAAUUGAAGAAAAGAUUCUUCAGCGGCAGGCCCAUAAAAAAGCUCUAAGCAGCUGUGUGGUAGACGAAGAGCAGGAUGUGGAGCGCCAUUUCUCGCUAGGAGAACUAAGAGAACUGUUUUUGCUUAAUGAAGACACUGUCAGUGAUACACAUACCCGAUUCCGCUGUCGUCGCUGUGUGAAUGGUCAUCAGGUCCGACCUCCUCCAGAAGAUUCAGACUGUACAUCUGAUUUGUCACAGUGGCACCAUUGUGCUGAUAAACGAGGACUCAAAGACAGUGUUCUGCAGGCAUCAUGGGAUGCAGCUGUUUCAUUUGUUUUUCACAAUCGUUCACAUGAGGAUCAAAGGGUUUGUAGCAUAACAAUGUGUCCUUUUCACAUGCACCUUCAACAUUCAAGUUUCCUAUCAAGUACAUUUAAAUAAAUAAGUAAAUUGUUGCAUUUGUUAAAUCAACAAUAUCUGACUGUUUUGAAAUAACUGCAUUCUUCCUAUAAUGGACCAUAAUAUAACAUAUACUGUAUGACCCCAUAGUUUUGUUUCCAUUGAUGCUAGAAGGAUCUGCUUUGUAAGAUAAAAACAUAUUUAAAUUAGAUUUGAACUACUCAAAUGUAUAUUUGUAAAUAUUUUCUUGUACACAUUGCUAUAGCAAUGCAAGUUAAAUUAUGUCUUUCAUAGUACUGAUCUAAUUGUAAUAUCUAAUAAUGCUGUAUUGUACUGUACAUAAUGGUCCUACCACCUAAGGCAGAUGGUUUUAAAUUACAAUGCUAAAUACUUAUAUUUACUCUCACUACAAAUUUUUAAAAUAUAUAAUUUCAUUACUGCAAUACUAAUUCCAAUGUAUAUUAAAAUACAGGUUUGGAAAAAUCUUUUGGCUAUACAGUACACAUUUCACUUUAACACUAUUAUGAACUAUACUCACCUUCCAGUAAAGCAAGCUUGAAGUGCUUGUUCUUUUCUAAUUACAUGACUUACCAACUUUGAUGUGAAACUUUAGGAAUGAGAUACUGACAAACAAUGGAACAAAAUGUUCUUGUGUUGUGUCAAGAAAUGGG